GUGCUGAUAUUUUUUAUUAUUUAAUCAUAACAAAAUCAGCAUCCAAAGUGUAACUGUAAUGUGAUUGUAAUGGAUCGCAAAAUGCGACUGUAAUGACUUAACGAUUUAAAAUACAUUUCACAGCUACAGAUAGUAGCUGUGAAAUUGCAGUAUCUGUAGCUUUGAAACGUGUAGCUUUGCUCAAUUACAGUAUAAUACAUUUUAAAUUGUAAACAGUUAUUUUUAUGUCAGUUUUGAUUAUUUAGGAUUCAGACAGGCUCAGUCCAUGGCCUUUGCUAUUGAUGAGAUCAACAGAAACUCCAACCUGCUGCCUAAUGUGACUCUGGGAUACAGUCUGUAUGAUAACUGCCUCGAAAUAGGAAUUGGUACAGCACUGACCUUAGUCAGUGGUCAAGAAGAGCAAGUUACAUUAGAGGAGAGCUGUGUAGGAACUCCUCCAGUCCUAGGGAUUGUGGGAGAUUCUUCCUCUACUCGUACUAUUGCCAUAUCCACAGUCAUAGGUUUGUACAGAGUGCCUUUGGUAAGUUUUUAUGUCAUUCAUUCAUGGUUGUUUAAAAUAAAUUCCAUUUGAUUUUAAUGCAAUAUUUUUUUAAAGUUGGUAAAUAUGAGGAAUUCAAUACAGGAAAGUUGCGAGAUUCAGCAGACUACAACCAUUUUUGUUUUCGUGGAUACAUGAACAGAUUUUCUUUGCAGGUGAGUUAUUUUGCCACAUGUUCCUGCCUGAGUGAUCGACGAAAGUUCCCAUCUUUCUUUAGGACGAUCCCGAAUGAUGCUUUUCAGGUGAAUGCUAUGAUUCAGAUUCUAAAACACUUUGGUUGGACUUGGGCAGGUCUGAUCAUCAGUGAUGAUGAUUAUGGAGUCCAUGCUGCCCGAUCCUUUCACUCUGAUCUGGGUCCAGCUGGUGGAGGUUGUCUGGCUUACACAGAGACUUUGCCCUGGGGUGACGACCCUGCUGAACUAAGGAGAAUAGUGGAUGUGAUGAGGAAAUCUACAGCUCGAGUGGUGAUUGUGUUUUCAAACAAGAGUCGUAUGAUUAACCUCAUGAAAGAGGUGGUGAGGCAGAAUGUGACAGGUCUGCAGUGGAUGGGAAGUGAAGCUUGGACAUCAGUUGAAGUGCUCCAGACUACUCAACUUAUGCCGUACCUGGGUGGAACACUGGGCAUCUCCAUCCGUCGAGGAGAAAUACCAGGACUCAUGGACUUCCUGUUACAAAUACAUCCUGACCUACAUCACAACAACACCGAUGGAAACAGCAUGGUGAAUCAGUUUUGGGAACAUACAUUUCAGUGUAGAUUUGCACCACCUCCAGCAGGUUGGGUGGAAGCUGGAGGAGAAUUAUGCACUGGACAGGAAGUUAUAGAGAAUGUGGAGAAUGAAUUGGUGGAUGUUUCAGACCUCAGGCCAGAGUAUAAUGUGUAUAAGGCUGUGUAUGCUCUGGCAUAUGCUCUUGAUGACAUGCUGCAGUGUGAGCCAGGGAGAGGACCUUUCAGCAACAACACCUGUGCUCAUUUACAAGGACUGGAGCCAUGGCAGGUGAGAUAUCAGAUUACACCCAACUCUUAAUUUCAUUUCAUCCUUGUUCUCAGUUCAUCCUUAUGUAAAUCGGACUUUGGGGAAUAUUUUCAUUUUUGGUUCUAAUGUUUACUUUUACUCACCAUGCAAAUGUUAUUAGAGAAAUUGCAAAUGUGCUGGUCUAAUGACAA